CCCUCCCCUCCAGACAUAGACAACAACACACACCUUAAUAAUAGGGGCGCGCCUCCGACACAGCCGCCGACCAAUAACCCGUCUGUCUGGGCUGAGACCAAGGGGAUGAGCGCUAGCGGAGGCCCAAUCAUCGCUUUUGUGUUGCCUGCCGGUGCCGGGAACUGGUCGUGAGGAGCUACUGCAGCGCUUCAGGAUCGGAAAGAGAACCCUGAGCUUGUGGAAUCUGAGGGGAAAGGCGAGUCAGGAUGGAGCGGAUGUCUGAGGAGGCGCUGCGGCUGAACCUGCUCAAACGGGGCCUGGAGACGUCCGAGGAGCGUGAAGAGGCCCUGGCCAAGCGCCUUAAGAUGGAGGGCCACGAGGCUAUGGAGCGCCUCAAGAUGCUGGCCCUGCUCAAGCGCAAGGACCUGGCUGCGUUGGAAGGGGCAGCAGUGGCAGCCGGGUCCCUGGACGACGGCAAAGGGGGACUGGAGGGGAGCCACCACCACCAGAGUAUGCUGGCGGGCGCGGCGGCGGCCUAUGAGGAGAAGAUGAACGGGAGGCUGGGGGGCCACGGAGGGCCGAGUAAGAACGGCAAGGAGAACAUGGUGGACGAACCAGUGGACUUUAGCGCCAGAAGAGGCGAUGUGGACCGUGAGAGACACACUCCGUCCCCAGACGUGAUCAUCCUGUCGGACAACGAGGCAUCCAGUCCCAGGGGGACGCCCCACCCCGAAGAGAGGCUGCACCAGGCCAACCUGGAGAUCUUCAAGGGGAAGACUGGCGAGGAGCGGCAGCAGAUGAUCAAGGCUCUGCGGGAAGAGUUGCGUCUGGAGGAGGCCCGUCUGGUGCUGCUCAAGAAGCUUCGGCAGAGCCAGAUCCAGAAGGAGAAUGUCGUGCAGAAGGUACCGGUGGUCCAGAAUACCCCCGCUUCGGUGCAGCCAUCCCCUAUCCACAGUUCACAGGGGAUGGGAAAGCUGCCGGUGCGCCCUGGCAUGCACACUCCAGAGCCCCAGAACUUCCGCAGUGCACAGGGUCACACAGUCAUCAGGUCGGGGGCCAACGCCUCCCUGCCCCCGAUGAUGAUGUCACAGAGGGUCAUCGCCCCCAACCCGUCCCAGCUACAGGGCCAGAGAAUGCCCUCCAGGCCUGGCAUGGGCCGCUCCAGCACGGGUAGUAUGAGCAACGUCAGCUACCAGCAGGCCACCAGCCAGCAGGUGGCGGUGUCCCAGCGUUCGUGCUCCUCUGCAAUCUACAUGAACUUGGCCCACAUGCAGGCUGCGGGGGGUGUGGGCGGCGUGGGGAUGGGCAGCAGUGGGAUGGGCGCUGUCAGCCCUUCCACCAUAUCGAGCGGAACAGGUAGCGGCGGAAGCUCCGGCGUGAGUUCCCUGGCGGACCAGGCAAGCAGCCAGGCAGCAGCCAAGCUGGCCUUGCGCAAACAGCUGGAGAAAACCCUGCUGGAGAUCCCGCCGCCCAAGCCGCCGGCCCCACUCCUGCACUUCUUGCCGUCGGCGGCCAACAGCGAGUUCAUCUACAUGGUGGGCCUGGAGGAGGUGGUGCAGAGCGUCAUCGACAGCCAGGGUAAGCUGCGGGGGACGCUGUCGCGCAUGGAGCCCUUCUUCUGCGGCCAGUGCAGGAUCGACUUCACCCCCCACUGGAAGCAGGAGAAGGGCGGGCGUAUCCUCUGCGAGCAGUGCAUGACGUCCAAUCAGAAGAAGGCCCUGAAGGCGGAGCACACAAAUAGGCUGAAGAACGCAUUCGUCAAGGCCCUGCAGCAGGAGCAGGAGAUUGAGCAAAGGCUCCAGCAGCAGGCAGCCGUCUCCCCCAGCACGGCUCAGACUGUUCCCAACGUCGUCAGCAAGGCCGAGACCAUGAUCCGACAUCACGCUCUGCGUCAGGCUCCCCAGCCUCAGGCCUCCAUGCAACGGGGUCUCUCCAGCUCGGCGAGGGGCGUCCUCUCCAACUUCGCCCAGGCAUCCCAGCUCUCCGUGGCCAGCGGCCUGCUGGGGAUGACGGGGAAGCAGCGCUGCGGAGGAGGUGGUGGCAGCAGUAGUGGUGGCGGUGGCAGCAGUCGGAUCCAGCAUGAUGGCCGUCGCCAGAUCUACAACAUCCCCGGUGGGUUUUUGAGAACCCCUUAUGGGUUGAACAUUGCCUACCUGAACCAAGGAGGGGUCGGGGCCCACAAGGGCUCCAGCUUAGCGGACCGCCAGAGGGAGUACCUGUUGGACAUGAUCCCGCCACGCUCCAUAUCACAGUCCAUCAACGGACAGAAAUGAACCCCCCCACCUUCCCAAUCCUCGCCCCAAGGGCCACCUUCUCCACCCCCCCACCACCAUGCCCUCACAAAAAAAAGGCCACCUCCCCCACCCCAUUGCAUGCAGUGCCUGUCCGUGUGCCUACCUAAACUAACCCAUGAGAAACUACACAAUCAGCCUGAGAAACUACACAAUCAGCCUGAGAAACGACACAAUCAGCCAGACAAAAGACAACCAAACUGUCAAUGCAGCUUCUCGACUUUCUUACUAUAGCAAAAUUAUUUAGAAGACUCUCAAAUAAUUGUUACUACUAUUAUUGUCAUUGUUACUAUUAUUAUUAUUAUGAUAACUGUUACCGCUUCAGUUACUAUUACUCUUAUUAAGGUUUUUUAUUGUUAUGCUACGUAGAGCGCCUCACUUUCAGUUCAUACCCUUACUUUUAUUUAUUUUUUUGGGGGGGAAUCUUUGUUUUUCUUUUGCCAUAAUUAUCUUUUAGCUACUCCCCUGCUACGCUCCAUAUGUACGGUUCUUUAGUUUUCAAUUUUUUUAAGCCACCUUCUAUUAUGGAUUGGAUUCUUGUGAAGUUUCAACGCAGCAAAAGAGAUGGAAAUACCGCUAUGUAAGAGGGAGAUCAUGUGGAAUGAACUGGAUCCAACUGGACACUGGUCCAAUGACUGACUGCCCUGCUUUGAGUGGACCAGCAAAGAUGACGGAUCAUAACCAGGAAACACUAUUAAUAUGUUUUGUUUGACACAGUAUUAAUGGGAGCGAGAACAAGGACAAGAUCCAGAAAGUGCACACUAAGGAGCAUUAAAAAAAAUAAAGGAACUAAGCACGGUGAGAAAAAAUACCUACUAUGUCACUGGUGUAGGCCAUGGCCUGCAGAGAGAAGGAGCGUGACAGCCAUUUUGGACUGUGGCGUAUCAUCCCAUCUCGCUGCUCAGAACUGGCCUGAAAAUGGGGUCAUGAAAGCUGCCCCCAAGAUCCUCCAUUACCUCUCAAUGCCUUCACAUUCAGAGUAUGCAGAGACUUCAAACCUUUCUAAACCCAACUGUUCCUUGUGGUACCGUGAUGGAAAUGGAGAGGACUGGAGUUGGCUGUGGCAUUGGGCAUGUUUUUUGUUUUCUUGUUGUUUUAGGGUUUCUUGAUUGUAGUUUUUUCUUUUUUGCGGCGUCUCCUGUAGUAAAGGCUGCGUAUCUGAGAGGUACUUGCCCCAGGAGACGAUAAUUAUCAAAAAGUAAUGAACAGAUUGAAACUAUUCAAAUAUCUAUAUGGAUGUGUAUCGAUGGCUAGCUUGAGAGAAAGGAAACUGAUAUGGAUUUAUCUAUAAAAUGGGAGAGAUGGAUCAAUCAUCGUGUUCAGGCAAUGCACAUGAGAUGCCUCAUUCUCGAAGAGCACUUUUCUUAUUAUGAAUUUUUAAAAAAUGAAAAUGGAAUAAAAUGUUACAAUUCCCAGGUA